AGCACUCUCUCCCGAAACUUCCUUCAGUGGGUCCUCGGGAUACUUGGGUGCCCAGGGGGCCACCGCUCACGGCCCCGGGCAAGUUUCUCCCGGUACUUAGCUUUCCCGACCGUCGGGGGACUCGGGUGCUCGGGCGCCACCGUAUGCCUCCCCGAGCACUUUCUUCCCGGUACUUAGGCUUCGCAGAUCAUCAGGGAACUUGGGUACUCAGGGACCACCGACUGUGGCCCCGAGCGCCCUCUCCCGGGACUCAAUCUUUUUUACCUCGCGGAGGAGACUCCGCGGGAUGGCGCCAUGUGGCGGAUUGCUGGCCUGGCCUCGGGAUUCGAGGACCCCCGGUUCCUGAUUCACCGACACACUCUUCUUGCGGUAUCUUGUGUACACCCUGCAUGUGAAUAUGAAUACCAAUUAAACUUAGAUGUAAUCGUUGAGAAGAUUAAAUGAUCGAGUUAAGCUGUUUAGCAUGUCAAUGAGGUGUUGGUAAGUCGUCUGAUCUCUCUCUGCUGAGUCCAACACAAUGAUCUUGCUCAAGUUUGGGUAGAUGACAAAGAGGAUCCAAUAAAAACUGCAGAAUAUGUCACCAUAGCAAUUUAGUACUCGAAUCGAGUUGCCUAUAAAAUGAUUACGCCCUUGCGCGCAAACACAUACUCAUAGCUGUAGGGUAAGAGUAUGAAUUUCUUGUAUUGGUGGCGAAGAAGAAACUUCAAUAAGUAGGCCUCGGUGAAGUCUGGAUUCUUCGUUACAAGUUUCUGGUUCACAAGGCCGGGAUCGAUGAAUCCUACUUUCUUAUCUAAGUCUUGUUCGUAUGCUUGGAUCUUCAUUCUAUAAAAGAGAGAAGUUAGCUAUGCAAUUACAAGGUUUAAGAUCAUAUAACGUGAAUUAUAUGCAUAAGUCACUUACAGAGUCCACGCUCUGACUAUAGCCACAUCGAGGGCAUAUUCCUUGUAUAGUUAAUACAAGUGCAAGAAUUCCAACCAGAAGAAGCCGUCUCCGUUGAGGAAAUAUUCUUCUUUGUAUCUCACGGGGAACACCUGAAACCCUGCCUAGACUGCUCCAAGUACCAUUGAUGUAAUCGAUGCAUUUGAGUUGUAAAGUCCCUUUCUAUAUCUGGUAUGACCAAAGGUUUGCCCAAUUCAAACGGCCAUAUAACAUCCUACUUUGAUAUAUCCGCUCCCACAAUAAGUCGUGCUAGUUCUUCUGCUAUUAAUUUAGAAGAAGCUAGGAAGUCUGCAAUGCUUGGAGCAUACUUAAUGAUUGGGUCUGGUUUGCUCUUGGCCUGCAUCUUGCUGAUGCGUUCAUCUCAGCGGCUUACUUGAAGCCGACCCCUUCUGUUUAGCUAUGGCCGUUUUCAUGAAAAAAAUCAAGGCAUCUUCAAGCACAACAGGCUUCGGUGGAGUUGGUGAAGGAUGGAAAUGAGACGUGACACUGACGUCCAUAAUCUUUUUUGUUUCCUCAGCAGUGAGUGAAUAGACAUCCUUGGGUUCCGCCAAUGGUGCCUCGUUCACGCAUGAGGGCUUGUGCUAUUUUUUCUUUUGUAUAUUCCCUCUCCUUUUUUAGCACUUGUUCAAGCAUUUCCAUCAUCCUAGAUUGUUCUGCCUCUCGUUCUGCAUCUCGCAUUGCUUGGGAUCUCUUUCGGCUCUUGUAACUGUCGACUUUGCCUGGGAAUCCAUAUUUCCAACCCAUCACCCCAACGUCUCGUGUGCAACCACCGUGCUCCUUAUUUCCCAGGGCCAAAGUGAGCUCGUCCCUAUCCCUGUUUGGCUUGAAAGAGCCUUGUGCAGACUGCUCAUGGGAUUCCGCAAGCUUUUUUGCUAGUGUUUGUGUCACUUCCUGAUCUUUGGAGGUCGUAAAGCAUAAGCUUCCAUCAGACGAGUAAGAAGCACCCCUCCCAAGAAGGAAGCACGUCGAUCGAUUAUUCCAGCUCUCCGUCUCAAGCGUGACAUCUCUCUCUCGCAGUUGAUUUAGCUGUUGUUGCCACUGUCGUUCUUUCCUCAUAUACCCACGGCUGCCGACUUUGUGGGGGUAGAGGUUCUUCUUUGAGUUCGCUUUGUUCACCGCACUCAACCUCUGUGCUUCUUCCGACGACUUGUACUCUGUAAAGGCUGGCCAAUGAUCUUACAGUUGUGGCUACUUGCGGAAAUCUGGCAUUGUAUCUUUCUGCACAUAUGUUCUGUUCAGUGUGCUAUUCCAAUUCUUAAAUGAAAGUCUCAUGAUUAUUAGCGUCUUACGCUUAACUACUUCUAUAUCUGUCCCUUUAGAAAAGUCAAACUUCUUUAAUAUCUUAGACCACAAGAUAUCAUUCUUAAUCGAAUCAGAAACCACGUACGAAUCACCUCGUUCCUCAGUCUACAAUCUGUAUUCAGGUAGUCCUUUGUGUGACCGUACUCGGUUCAAUUCGAUACGAUAUGGCUGCUUGUACUUAAGGAAAAGUAUAAGCCGCCUACAUAAUACAGACGGACGGACCGUAGAAAAACUUUGGCAGACCAAGAGGUUUCUUCGUAUUGACAUGCACAUCCCUUCCUAGUUACUAUAUUCACGUAAGAAUAUAUAAAGAAAGACAUGUGACCACCAUGUGCGAACGAAUAAUGAAGCUGAAUUGUGCAUGCCUGUUGUCGGGUUUCAUUGCCUCCUUAAGCAAAGAAUAUACUCCAUUUUACUAGUAAUUGCACAAGUUUAUCUUCGUUCGCUAUAAAUAGUGGCCACUGGCCAGCGACGAACUGCAUGCGAUAUUGCCUCCGACCAUACACAUAUAGCUAGCGCAUACAAAACAGCAGCAGCUCGAGGCGGCCUGCUCCGGCGUCCCAGGCCAUUCCCAUGGCCUCAAGCUCCGGAGAAUGGCAGCAGCUGCUAGAAGAUAUUCUGGGUAAGGAGGAAGGAGCGGCGGUGGCGGCGUCGCUGUCCCGUGGUGAAGUCGUCAUCGACUUCACCAGCAGUGAGCAGGACAACUCCGCGCUGGGAGUCAUCACGGAGGAGGCGGACUCCGUGCUCCACGUGGUGGCAGCCGCCGGGGACAGCGAACGCUACCUCAAGUGCGCAAGAGCGAUCUACGGCAAGGCCAACUGGCAAAUGCCGAUGGCAAACAGCAUGGGCGACACGCCACUGCACUGCGCCGCCAGGGCCGGGAACAAUGAGAUGGUCGCCUGCCUUAUCGAGCUCGCCGAAGGCAAUGACGACGACUGUAAGAAGGUGAGGGAUUUCCUGAGGGCGCAGAACAAGCGCGGGGAGACGGCCUUGCACGAGGCCGUCCGCUUCGGCAACGUGAAGAUAGUCGAAGCACUGAUGAACAAGGACAAGAAGCUCGCCCGUGUGGUUGCGAGAGACGGCACCUCGCCGCUGUACCUCGCCAGCUCGUUGGGCCAUCACAAAAUUGCUCGCGACCUGCACAAUAGUGACGACAAGCUGUCCUACUCCGGCCCGAGUGGACAAAAUGCCUUGCAUGCUGCUGUUCUCCACGACAAAGAAAUGACAAAGUUACUGCUAGGCUGGAACAAGGACCUUGUCAAACAGAGAGACAUCGAAGGAAGUACACCAUUGCACUUCGCUGCAUCAGCACCAGACCCCUCCCUCCAAUUUACACUUUUUGUUUUUUCUUCGGGGAACUUUGAACGCUAUUCCUUCGGCUUCUAUUUUUUACCUCCGAAAUGCUUGGCCAAAAUCUUCGAGUGGAUGAAGCUUUCACUCCCCCAGCUGCUCCAAGCUGAUCCAACAGCGGCGUUUCAGCCGGACAAACAUGGGUCGUUCCCGGUGCAUGUCGCUGCAUCGGCAGACUGCAUGGUGUCUGUCAUCAUCUUGCUCACAAGAUACCCUGCCUGUGCUGGAUUGCGCGACGCCGAGGGGCGGACCUUCCUUCAUGUCGCGGUUCUGAAAAAGAGGCACCAUGUCGUGAAAUUUGUGUGCAAAUGGCCGCGACCUUUUAAGUCAGUGGUGAAUAUACAGGACAAGGAUGGGCACACCGCCUUGCACCUAGCUAUCCGUGACGGGGAGUUGGACAUAUCAAGAUGUCUCAUCGGGAACCGCUAUGUUCACAUAAAUUUGCAGAACAAGGAAGGGAAAACUCCCAUGGAUCUCUCCACGGGGAACGUUAAAGCAGGAUUUUACUUCGGACUGACUGCACCUCGUAGGAUUCUCAGCAUGCUAACCUUCGCAGAUGCCCUGACUGGCAACCGUCGGCGCGAUCGGAUGCAGGAGUACAAUAAUCCGCGUCUAAAUGAAGACGAUGAAUCGAGAAAGAUAACUAACUUCGCGCAGAUCGUGGGCAUCGGCUCCGUGCUUGUCGCAACGGCCACAUUCACUGCAGCUUUAACCAUGCCCGGGGGCGUGUGGACCCCCGGAGAUUCUGAAAAAGCCGCCGGCGCGGCCCCGCCGCCAGCCGGGACGCCGGUGCUUGCCGGGUCGUACGCCUUCGACGGGUUUGUCAUCUCCAACACACUGGCAUUCAUCUGCUCCACUCUAGCCACCUUCAGCCUCGUCUACUGCGGGGUUGCUGCGGUCGACCUGCAGAAACGGAUCCAGUUGGUGUCAUUCUCCUUAGCGUUGCUGCUCUGUGCCGCGCGAAGCUUCUGCGCCGCCUUCGCGUUUUCCCUCUUCCUGCUGCUUGCCAAGGUGGAGUACGGGACUGCCAUCGCGUCCUGCGUCAUGACAUCUCUCGCAUUGCUCGACGGGCUUUGGUUUCUACUGGCGAGUUUCAAUGAUACAACAGCCCUUUAUCGCCGAAGAAUUAAAGCGACGUUGCUGAAAUUAGGAACCGGAUUCCUAAUCAACAUCUUAUAUCUGUUCUGGCCUUAUCUCAUAAUCUUCGGCUAUAUGUUGGUUGAUUAUUUUAAAAACUUAGGGCAGAUGACUAGCCCGCCUAGCCUCCGCCAUUACUGAAGGCCAACUCAACCCACCUACACGGUUCCUUAUUAUUUGUUGGUUAAUGAGAAGAUAACUCUCCCAUUCCCUUUGACUCAAAAGAUUGGCUAAGAUAUAGUAUAUACUCAAGAUUGUUGUGAUGAGACAUCCGUAGAUAUAUCUGUGCAGUACUGUACCAAUUAUAUGUAAAAGUUGGCUGUGUUUAUCCUAUAUGGUUCACGGAAUUGUAAGCACCUGCUGUAUUUCUAUACAACUAUAUAUUGCAUGGGACUGCCUAUAUUUGUAAAACGACCGACCUUUCCUUUACAUGUAUGUCAAAAUAUUGUUACCAAUUGAUUUGUACAUGAUUAUAUAUUAUUGAAUAUAUCUCAUGAGAAACUAA